UCGUUAAAGUUCGUACGGGUUCGGGUCAUUUCGCGUUAGACGCUUUUUUAUUGUGUUUGCAGGUUUUGUUCAAAAGCAUUUUGUAGAUCGAGCACCAACCAUUUGAAGCGUGUGCGUCGUAGCUGACAGACAGUGCGGUCGCGUCGUGAAUACUGUCGGUAAUCCGGUUUCAAUAAGUGUUGUAAACAAAUUUUGAAUCAAACCAGUUCCAUCUCCAGUUGUGCAAAGACCUAUCAUGCAGAACGACGGACUACCGCUGUAUUCUUCAGAUUAUAACACCCAAGUGCAGAUUAAAAAGUUCAACCAGAAAAGCGAGCCCAUGUCGGUAGCAGUGCAGCCGGCUGUGGAGCCGAUGCCCCCAAUGCCACAUGUGCCCGCGCCUCUGCUGGGGCCCGUGAACACGGUGACGACGUGUCAGUUCUGCCACGCCUCCAUCAAGACUGCCGUCAAAUACACCACUACUGCGCGCACGCACAUGGCUGCGGCUCUCUGUGGCAUCAUGUGUUGUUUGUGCUGCGUCCCGUACAGUUCUGAUUCAGCAAAGAACACCGACCACUACUGUCCCAACUGCGAGCGAUACCUCGGCACGUACGUCAAGUAAAUACAACAACUGCGAGAUACAUUCUACAUAUAUUUAUAUUUUUUCAUUGUUACAAUUAAGAGAGAUACAGAUGCCUCAAAUAUAUUGUUAAAAAUAUCUUUAUUUUAGUAAUAGAAUGAUAAGACAGAGUAAACCAAUGUUAAGUCGAGCAGGAACUCAAAGUUGAAAGCUUGAGUUAUCCAAUAAAUCUUUUAUUUAUUAAGUAAGUGAAACAUAUUCGUCAUUGGUUCUCACAUGUUUAAUGAAUUGGUAUUGUGCCAUAUUAAAAAUAAGUAUAGCAAGUUAGCUGUUCAACAGCCAAUUCGUUAUUCUUAUUUGAGGUAAAACCUACACGUACUUAUUCUGUUUUUGUAUUUUUUUUAAAUUAAAUAUUUAAUGUGAAUA